AUGCUGGCUUCCUCCGAGUCUGCGAAAAGGCAAGGCUUUCUACAUUUGGGAGGGCUCCGGACUGCUCUGUACAACUAUCUCUUUGCCCGAAAACACCGAGGCAGCUUUAUCCUUCGACUGGAAGACACCGAUCAAAGCCGUGUGGUAUCAGCAGCCUCUGAAAGCAUAGAAGAUGCAUUGGAGUGGGCAGGCCUGCCACCAGAUGAGAGCCCUCGCCGGGGAGGCCCUGCUGCCCCUUACCAACAAUCCCUACGAUGUGACCUAUAUAAGAAAUACACAGAGCUGCUUCUUGAGAAAGGGGCUGCCUAUCGCUGUUUCUGCACACCCCAGCGCCUGGAAUUACUAAAGAAGGAAGCAUUGCGCAGUCAGCAAACUCCACGGUAUGACAAUAGGUGCCGUCACCUAAAACCCAAGGAGGUUGCUGAGAAGAUAUCUCAAGGUGUUGACUACGUGGUGCGUUUUCACCUGGAAGAGCAGUCGGAUCCCUUUUGCGAUCUAAUCCAUGGGUGGAGCAGGCAUGAGGUGGCCAGUGUGGAAGGUGAUCCAGUGAUUUUGAAGAGCGAUGGCUUUCCAACCUAUCACCUGGCUAACGUCGUGGAUGAUCACCUGAUGGAGAUCAGUCAUGUUCUGCGUGGAGCUGAAUGGCUCACUUCCACUUCCAAACACCUCCUCCUCUACAGGGCAUUUGGCUGGGAGCCACCUCAUUUUGGGCACCUUCCACUGCUCCUGAACGAAGAUGGCAGCAAACUCUCCAAGAGACAAGGGCAUAUUUUUGUGGAGGAGUUUGCGCAAAAUGGCUAUUUGCCGGCCACCCUCCUGGAUCUCAUGACACACUCUGGCUCAGGGUUUGCAGAGAAUAGAAUGGGACGAACACUAAAGGAGCUGAUUGACGAGUUUGAUCCGAGCAGGAUUGAAAGGCAUUCGGCCCUCCUGGAUUUGAAGAAACUGCCAGAAUUCAACAGGAUUCAUCUGGCCCAGCAGAUUGGAGAUGAGGGGCUACGGCAGAAGCUUGUGGCAGAGGUUCAGGCCUCUGUGGAGGAAGUCUACGGCAAGCAGCUUCCAGAGAGGGAGGUCCUUGAAAAGGGUUACGUAGAGCAGGUGCUCCUGCUGAGGAGGGGCCACAUUAGCCGUCUGAAGGACUUGGUGUCCCCCAGCUACGCUUUCUUGUGGAUCCGACCCUCUGUGCCUUCUGAGAAGCUGCAGACUCUCUCCACUGAGACAGACCAGAUAGGAAGGGUGGUCCUCAGGCUACUGGAAGGGCCAGUGACUCAGAGACCUGAAGAACUUGGCCAGCAACUGAGGCAGCUGCAUGCGCAGAUAAGUGGCACAAAGUACAGCACCAUGAUGAAGCUCCUCCGCCUCACCCUCAGUGGCCUGCAGGACGGGCCCAGCGUUGCCGAGAUGAUGAUCCUGUUGGGACCCAAGGAGACCAGCCUUCGGAUUCAGGGGGCUCUGUGCAGCCAACUCGCUCCAUGAGGGAAAGGGACAAAGGAAGGACUUCUAAGCAUGGUGGAGCUUGGGAAAAUAUUUCCCAGGCUUGAGGGCAACGCACAGAGAAUGUUUUCUGGUGUUGAUGAGUGCUGGGUUCAAAUUUAAUAGAAAAGGGAAAAAUAUUAGCUGGAUCGAAGGCCCUGUUGAAAUUAGAUAUAGACGAGCCCCCGCAGCCCGUUUGGCAUUCCCCCUUUUGUAACUCUGGGAAAAAGGAUCAAAAAUCAAUAUCUGAAAAGUAUGAUGCAAUAGAUACGGGAGUUAGGAAAUUAGGAUCAACCCUCUUGUUUUAGUUAAGCCUAAAUUUUCCUAAUCUGGAUGAAAGUCCAAGCUCAGCGCUUUAGGCUGCAUGUCUUUGCCAAGAACAGUUGACUUAUCAGAGAAGCCCAGGAUGGAACCCCCCCCCCUCCCUGAUUUGCUAGUUUUCUAGGGCCAGGGAGCUUCCCAGUGGUGAGGUUCUUGCCAUGGAAGGUUCUUUCUGCAGCUGAACCUCGUGAAGUCUUCCUCCUUCCUCCCUCAUCUGUGCAAGGUGAGAUUGGAUCCCGAACUCUAAGCUUUAAUCAAUAAAGACUUUCACAUUGUGA